GGUAGUUGCUCAUACAGUUGGCACGCUCCACUGAUUUGUGAUAUGUGACGAAAGUUCGGACAUUGUUUUUCGUAAUUUAAACGCAAAACUUACAACUUCUACUUAAAUACAAACAAGUUUUUUCUCAACAAAACUCUGGACUUAUAAUGUGUUACACCUGUGUGCUGUGAUUUUAGUAAUAUAAGCUCUUUGUAUGUAGUUUUAGGUAAAUGAGUGAACGGAUAUAACGCCAAAAUAGCUAGCAAGGACAGCAUGGCGGCCUCGCACAUCCUGAGCGCGGUAGAGCCGACGGUGGGCGGCGGCGGCGCACGCGGCGGCCGCGAACGGGAGGUGUCUGUUGCGCUGGAUGAUCGCGAGCUGUGGGUGCGCUUCCAGACACUCACCAACGAGAUGAUCGUUACUAAAAAUGGCAGGAGAAUGUUCCCGGUAGUCAAGGUGACAGCUAGUGGGCUGGACCCCACCGCCAUGUACACCGUAUUGCUGGAGUUUGUACAAGUAGACUCGCAUCGGUGGAAAUACGUCAACGGGGAAUGGGUCCCUGGUGGUAAAGCUGAGGUUCCUCCUUCAAACGCAAUUUACAUCCACCCAGAGAGUCCAAACUUCGGAGCACACUGGAUGAAGGAGCCCAUAUCAUUCGCAAAAGUUAAACUAACCAACAAAACAAACGGAAAUGGACAGAUAAUGCUGAACUCCUUGCACAAGUACGAGCCCCGCGUGCACCUUGUUAAAGUGGGCACGGACUUGCGUCGCAUCAUGACGUAUCCCUUCCCCGAGACGCAGUUCAUUGCUGUGACGGCAUACCAGAACGAAGAAGUCACUUCCCUCAAGAUUAAGUACAACCCGUUUGCGAAAGCGUUCCUUGACGCCAAAGAGCGACCAGAGGGAUACUAUCAAAGAGAUUUCGUAGGAACUCAUUACCCACAGCAGAGUUCUUCACCGCAUCAAUACCCACAGUUUGGUGGGUGGUUUGUUGCCUCGCAGUCUUUGUACGGCAGCGGCAGCUCAGCGUCGCGGAGACCGGCGCCCUACCCGCCCAGACCUCCGUCGCGACCUAGAACUUUGUCACCUCCGGCUUCCUACAGUAAUUCGGAGCGGACACCAGCAGCAGCAUCUAACGGCAGUGGCAGUUACACGUGGGCCGGAAGCAGUGGCUACUGGAGCUCUGCGCAGGGCAGCACUUCUCCUCAGCCCAAUACUUCUCCCGCCCCAUAUCGAACCCCUCCGCACGCUUAUCCCGCUCCCCUAGAGUACGCCCCCGCGCCCCCCAAUUCUACCCCAGCGCCUGCUUCUGCACCUGCGCCGCUCUACCCCUUGCAGUACGAUACCACGCCACAACACCACUCGCCGUACUACCAACACGCGUACGCGCCGUACGCUCAUCAUGCCAUUGAAGACAUAUCUUAUUGGCCUAACAGUCUAAACAGCUACGGCUACCAACCAUCGGAAUACGUUGGCACGGGCGAAGUACCGUACAAUGCAGAUGGCAUAUCUUUUGGGCCCACGGGGCCCACUCUCGAAGCCGCCGGUUCCAACGACCCUCGAGCGACGCCUCCCGGUCCUGAACACCCCGGGGCGGAGAGAGAAUACAAAUUCAGCACUGAAGAGGAACGUCACUCGCCCUGUGAGGAGUCCACGCUGCCUUCACGAUCGCCAACACAAUGACAUGCCACGUAUACUUAGAGAAUAGAUGUUUCUGGUCUAAACCUAAAGACCGUAUGUAGUAUUUCAUUGACGUUGUCAUUCUGUAGCACGUAUAUCACAGAGUAUGUUUGGAGCCCACGCUUUUGUUUAUUUCUUUACAUACUUGAUAUCACGCCUAUAAUGCCGUCUGGGAUAGGCAGAUCUACAAAUUGUUAGGAGACAAAUGAAAGUAGCGUCUAGUAGCGCCAGUCUAACAGUUCCCUCGUAAACACAUCAGUUACUUUUUUAUUCAUCAACGGUAGAUAAAUAUUAUGGAGAUAAGUGACUGUUGACUGUUAAUGAAUCACUAAAAACGGUCUAAGGCCUUUUGUAGCGCUCGUGCAAGAGUUCGAGAAAACUGUAUUUUUAAAGUAUUAUCAUGUGGUAGUGUCAAGCUUCACGCAUUCAUCAAUUUUGAAAUUAAAUAGAAAAUACCUGUGCUUUAUAUAGAAAAUAUUUAACAUUUAAAGACGUAUUUUGUAAGUUUCCAUACACAGAACUUUUACCUACGUCCUUUAGCAAUUUAGUGAAAUUACUUUAAAGAAGCAUUGUGUGGUCGGUCGUAUCACGUACCUAUCUAGCAGAAAAAUAUAGGUACUAAAAACUCAUAAAUAUUAAGUAUGUAAAAUGGUAAUAAAAAUAUAUUGUAUAUACCUACCUAUAUGUAUCUAGUUCCGUAAAAAGCUUAUAUUAAGUACAUGAUAUUUCUCAAAAUGAUAAAUACCUAGUUUAUUGCACAUCAACCUCUUAAAGUCUGGAUUUCCAGACAAUAAGUAGUUAAACAAUGGGAUUUGGCCUUACUUACAUAAAUAUAAUUAUAAUUCACCAAUUUGAUGUUGUGUCAUAACAAUAUUAUGUUGUUCCAAGAUCAAGCAGCUAUUUAUUAGGAAUUAUAUUAGUUAUGCAAUACAAUAUUGAUGGUAGGUAGGUAGGUAGGUACUUACUUAGUAAAUUAUUUAUUUUUGUUUGAAUUGGUGUAGUAUAGUGUAUUUCUUUUAUAUUAGCAAUUACGAUUGUACAUAAAAUAACGGCCACUAUUAUUAUGUGAAGUACCUACAUAGUUACUGCCUUCAAUUAGGCGUUGACAAUAAAAACAUGUUUCUGUUACAAUGUUCGCUUUUUAUUCUUUUUAUUAGUAUAAAGUUCUUCAAUAGUUGUUAACCACAGGAUGUAUUGAAAUAUAUUUAUGAUUCAAUAACAAAGUUAUGAAGGCACACAGACAUAAUUACUUAGCUAGGAAUAAAAUGUUUUGUUUAGUUAAAAUGUUGGUAAAUCCAUGAAUGACAAUAAUGACAAUGGCUAUUAAAGAUUUAGAAUACCUAACAAAUAAUUUUGUUUAA